AGCAUUAAUAUUUAUUAACUUUAGGGAUCCUUUUCUCUCUUUCUUCUUUCUCUCCUUCGACUGGUUUGCUGUUUCAGUUUGAGUCAGUGCACUUCACAUUAAAUUCACCAAAUCCCCAAUCCAAAAAUUUCACGAUAUCCUUUCCUACUUAUUCUUCUUUCAAGAUCUGCAAAAUCCCAACUAAUCUUUACACACCAAUUUUCAAGCCCACUUUUACUACAAAUUUGUCUGAGGAUUAGUUUUCUUUGAAGAUAUGGAGGUGGAUCAGUUGCAGAGGAGUUUUCGUGAUUACACUAAUGCUUUGUUUCGUGAGAAUUUCUUGGAUGGGCAGUUUGGACAGCUGCAACUUCUGCAAGAUGAAAGCAACCCUGAUUUUGUAGUGGAAGUUGUGUCCCUUUUCUUUGAGGAUUCUGAGAGGCUUCUUAAUGAUCUUACAACUGCCCUGGAUCAGCAAAAUGUGGACUUCAAGAAGAUUGAUGCUCAUGUUCAUCAGCUUAAGGGCAGUAGCUCAAGCAUUGGGGCACAGAGGGUGAGAAAUGCCUGCACUGAUUUCAGAAGCUUUUGUGAAGUGCAAAAUGUUGAAGGAUGCCUCAAAUGCUUGCAAAAUGUUAAACAAGAAUACUUGCUAGUGAAGGCCAAGCUCGAGGCACUAUUACGGUUAGAGCAGCAGAUUUUGGCAGCUGGUGGAACAGUUCCUAUGCUGGAUUACAUCGCCUGAACCGAGAAAAGUCUUUCAAACAUCAUCGACAACAACAGCGGUUUUCUGUGAUGGUUUUAUAGUAUCACUGUCCUAAAGAGUAAGGUUGUGUGGUGUCUCUUGUAUGCAAAUUUUUAUUAGAAAAUAACAGCUGCUGCUACUUGUUCUUGUUUGUUCUAAACAACAGCAUCAUGGGAACUUCUCAUUGUUAAUAAA